GCCAGAAAGUUUCCGCCGUUGCGAUAGACUCAUAGACUUAAUUAAGCUUGAGGGCCAUGUGGCAGAUGAAACUUCAGUAACAACCAAUCGGGUGGCCAAGAUUCCGAUCAUGGCGGAACCUGUGGCUCUUGCCUUGACAGUUCUGUCGGCUUUGAUUGUUAUUGUGUCCUGUGAAUAUUCAGCCAGCGAAUGUAGAUCUCUUGGAUUCAACAAAGCAAAUCUGCUGUGUUCGUCAUGUUUUUAUCUUGCUGAACAUGACUUGGAGGUCCUAGUAAGCCAAUGCCGGGAAUGUUGCUUACAGGAAGGUAGAAAUGAUUCUUCGACACUGUAUCCAAAAGCUAUUUUAGAAGUUUGUGGGUGAAAAUUGGGCUCGUACCCACAGGUCCAGGCAUUUAUUAAAGGUGACAAGGCUCGAGGGUUCCCCAAUUUAAAAGUCAAGUAUGUUCGUGGAGCAGAUCCAAUUAUCAAAUUGCUUGAUGCUGAUGGUGUUGUUCAAGAAGAACUAGCUAUAGAUAAAUGGAACACUGAUUCUGUUGAUGAGUUUCUCAAAAUGCAUUUGAUCAUGGAGAAUUCCAGCAAUGAUUUGUAAUUAGACAAAGUUUUAAGUGCAUAGCCUUUAAUAUGAAAUCCUGUUUAUAAAACCUUUAAAUUGGUCAGAUAGGAUGGAUGCUCACUAAAACAUGUAAUGGCUCUUGUACUGAAUCUGCUGUCCAAAUUACAUCGCUGCAAAGCUUA